AUAAUUGAUACGAGUCCAAAAAAUAAUAUUAAUUUUAGGUUGAUGUCACAUUAUUUAAAAAAAAUCAAAGUGUAUAAAUUGAGUUGAAAGUCGGAUUCGGGUAAGUGUUAUACAUUGUGUGCAUUGUUACGGAUAUACUGAACCCGGGUAUUCCACGCGAGUAGAGUCUGAACAUCAAACUGCGUUUGAAAGAAAGUCUGCAGUAUUUCUGUCUCGAAGGCUGCAAUUAUUUGUUGAGGUUUCAGUGACAUUAGUAUUGAAGUGGUCCUUGACUCCGGCUUUCUUGCAAGCUAUUCCUCCUGUCAAAGUAGGCAUACAACCAUACAUAGAUACUUCCAGAUAGGACAACUCAUCAAGAAUGCCGAAUGCGAUCUCGUCUCACCCUUCUUCCUGUUCACUUGUAAACUCGCCAAACCACUUGGGAGUUCAGGAGAUAGUUAAUAAUUCCAAACUGUUUAUUUCCCCAGAAUCACUCUCGUGCUCAUUCAGCUUUUUUUUUUAACAUUUUGACAAUCUCUCCUGGCUGGUAAUCCACCUUCAGCGACGACAUCGCCGUUCACAUGUUUAAACAAAAAUGUUUCUGGUAAAUUGCCCAAAAUUGCUCAAGCAGAAGAUUAUUCGCAGUAGCGGUAUGAUUCUGAAGGCAAACCUCGCUCUUUGAGUUUUGGUUAGAUUGCAGAUCUGAAAUAAGCUAUGUGUAAUGUUGAUGUUGGAUAGAACUAGAUAUGUCAAGGCAACACUCGUAUGCAUCAAUGCUGGUUGAUAUCUUGCACGGUGUACUCCACGGGUAGGCCCUUGCUUCUGUACACCAGACGUGUUUGUACACAGAUGUACACAAUAGCGAAGGAGAUGCAGUUCAAUUUACGACUGACAAGACUGUCAAGUAUUUACUGAUCUUGCAGGAAAGAAACUGUUUGGCUUUGCGAAGACUUUCACCAGAUUCGAAACCAUAGAAAUGCUGGGCGUCUUCUAUGUGUCGCGUUACCGAUUUCAAUAUUAAAGAUGAAGAAUAUCUCAACACAAAAACAUAAAGUAACUGCCAAACAAAUGCAAACACGCUGUCAGUGUCAGCAUAUUCUGACGGUACCUGGAUGAUGGGAGAAUCAUUCCCAAGUCUGUGGUUACCUCAUUAAAGGUUUCUAAAACAGCAGUCGUUUUCAACACUGGGUAAACUCAGCUUCCAGGAAAAUAACGGAAACCGUUCAAGAGAAACCAAUCGGCUGUAUUAUUUGGAGGAAGAGACACAGAAUGCCGGAGUUAACUCAGCGGGACAGGCAGCAUCUCUGGGAAGAAGAAAUGAGUGAUGUUUCGGGUCGAAACCCUUCCUCGUGCUGUAUUAUUUGGAUUUGUGUCUUAAAAAAAUGUAAGUUGGGAUAAAAAAAAAAAAGAUCUGAACGCACGUGAAAAUGUCAUUUGGUGUCUGUGAGAGAUCGGAGACUCGUUUUCUCUCUGUACAGAGAGAUCGGAGACUCAUUUUUCCAUAUCCGUUUCGUUUAACAUUAGACCGGCCGGUGAUGUUCUCUCUCUCUCUCUCUCUCUCUCUCUCUCCUAGCUUCUAAACUUCGCUGUUCGCCGUUUGUAGGAUUAAAUUCUUCGAAUGGAAAUUCACACACUUGAGACUACAGACCUGGACUGCCCACAACAGAAGCUGCGCCGUUCGCGAGAAGCAACGCGUUUGGAAUCAAAGAACGGUUCCAGUCAGCAGGAACAGUGCGGAGAGAGCGGGCAGCACCGCCGGUGUAAAUCAGAUGACUCGGGCUCCGAAGACAAUUCGGCCAAAAAGAAGCAGCGGAGGCAGCGAACGCACUUCACCAGCCAACAGCUGCAAGAACUGGAGGCGACUUUCCAGAGGAACCGCUAUCCAGACAUGUCCACCCGAGAGGAAAUAGCGGUGUGGACAAACCUUACCGAGGCCAGGAUCAGGGUGUGGUUUAAAAAUCGCAGAGCGAAGUGGAGGAAGCGGGAGCGCCACCAACAAACUGAACUGUGUAAGACUGGGUUUGGAGCUCCGUUCAACGGGCUGGUUCAACCCUACGAGGACAUGUACUCCGGGUAUUCAUACAAUAAUUGGGCCACCAAAGGACUCGGAACCAAUCCCAUCUCCGCCAAAGGUUUUUCCUUCUUCAAUUCCAUGAAUGUGAACUCGUUGUCAUCGCAAGCCAUGUUUUCCGCCCCCAACUCCAUCCCUUCCAUGACUAUGGUCCCUUCCGCUUUACCUGGCACAAGCUUGAAUAACUUGAACAGCCUUGGCAGCCCUUCGUUGAACACAGCGGUCGCUGCCUCUCCUUGCCCCUACGGAUCUAGCUCGAGUCCAUACGUGUACCGGGACAACUGCAACACCAGCCUGGCCAGCCUGAGACUUCGAGCCAAGCAUCACUCCUCGACCUUCAGCUACGGGCCGGUGCAAAACCCAGCUCCCAACCUCAGCCCCUGUCAGUAUGCAGUGGAUCGACCAGUAUAAAACGGACUUCGUGUUUUACACGCCGCGUUUGUGGGUGUUCCGGGGUUUGGUAAAUGGGGGUGGGGGAAGUAACGACCAGUGCUGACUUCCCGAGCGACACUAUAAUUAGAUAAUACCAAAAUCCUCGGUUAGAGACUGCAGAAUGACCCUCCAGAGUGUCCAGCGCGUUUACGAUAUGGCCAGUCAUUGUCCUCGUCGUAUACAAACGCUGGAUAACCUGAUCUCCAAUCUUUGUGUGUUUGGCCAAUGCAGAAAAACACGUUAUUUUAACUGCUUAGAAAUUGCAAGGGAAUGCAUAGCCUCCCCUCCACUAAAUUCCACAACGUUUGAAGAACAUUAACAAUUGCGGGUUGCUCAAAAGAGUACUCUCCAAAUGUCCUGGAAGUUGCAAACAAGUUGCCCAUUGGCCUUUCCUCCCCAGUUUCCUCUUCUCCAUACCUCAUCGCAUGGAGGCGACCACUACCUCUCCCCUCUAAUCCCCCCCCCAAACCUCCACCCCACCCGUUGGGGUUCUCUGAGCUGGAAGGCAAGGCAAAUGUCCAAUUACCCGAUAAAUCGCUGAUAGACAACAAUCAAUGAACGAAACCCCUAGCAUCUCCAACAGACCCAGGUAUGUCGCACUGAAGUGGUUGGUGGUUUGGAUACAAAAUCUAGUCAUAGGCUGAAAGGUUUCCUCAAGAUCCCGUAUUACUGGAAAAGUGGAAAUAAAAAAAUUAGGAGGAAUCUCUUGAUAAUCUGGGGUAUAUUUUGAAAUAUUAAUAAUCUCCUUGUAGCGUUUGAUUGUUUUCCUAUCAAUAGGGCAGUCCGAAAAUGAAAUGGAUCUUUUUUUUUUAGUUUGUUUAUACAUUAUUAUUUUAUGGGAAUUCCUUUUUUUUUGUUGACUUGCUUUUGAAGAGUUUCAUCGCAGUUGUGCUGUCUAAUUCGAGUUAUUUAAGCAUUGUAGCACGCAUUCGCCUGUUGCUUGGAGAAUUCCUGGUUUAAUAAAUUGAUAAGACAUGGACACGAAUAGGAAAUGCCAACCUCUGGUCACUGUGCGCUCAAGACUAGGCCGUACCAUUGACCUGAAACCUUUGUUCCUGGGUCAAUUUAAACUGAUUAGGUUAAAUUUCCUGCUUUAGCAAAACGCCGGGGCGUCAGGGCUUGCUUUCGAAUCCCCAAAUGUAUUAAACACCGUCGCGUAGGAAGGAACUGCAGAUGCUGGUUUAAAUCGAAGGUAGACACAAAAUGCUGGAGUAACUCAGCUGGACAGGCAGCAUCUCUGGAGAAAAGGAAUGGCUGACGUUUCGGGUCGAGAUGCUUCUUCAGACUGCCGUCUGUAAUUAAACAUUUGCUAUUAAACACCGCCGUUUGUUGACUACUAGAGGCAGAACUAAAUGCAGAAUCUCUUUAUUUGCUAUUAUCUAGUGUGAUACUGAAUAGUGGGUGAUUAGUAACAUUAAAAUAUUACUUGGAAGUUUUAGACGGUGUUGCAAUUUUAAGUUUCGGGGACUUUUGGGUAGGAUCUACCCAUUAAGGAGUAGAAGGACUCAUUUUUGCCUUAUUUGACCCGUUGAGUUACUCCUGCUUUCUGCCUUAUUUGAAAAUGGGUUUACAAGCCCGAGCUUUACUCUUAUUUUCACCAUUUGGCCCUGCGCUCCGCAUUUACAGGUUCCCAGAGUGAAGCAGGGGGAUUCAGAGCAACACGAGGGGGCAAAUCUAAAACGGGAGAGGGGCUCGGUCGGAUUCAUGCGCGAACAGGGAAAUGGCAAAUCUACUCUUUCUAUGUGUUUUUUUUAAACCCAUCAAAUGCAAAUGCUUCCGUCGUGAUAGAACGAGCCCAACCUGUGCGAUUGUGGAGCUUUCUCCGGGUAGGAAAUGUUUGAGGCCGGGGAACCGCCAUGAAUUGGUUUGCAGGUUGGAAUAAACCGAAGAUUUGACUGGC